CGUAUUGUCGUUUGAGCGGCGGCCGCAAAGCCAAAAGCUUCUCACUGUAUUUGAAUUGGCUCGGAAGCCAGAACUCAUAGACGAUCACACCUCCGUAUUCACAAGAACGCACCUAAAAGAUUCGUUUUUUUUCUUACCUCAACCCACUGAAAAGCACUUUUAAAGAGAAAGAAGAUGAGCAAUCCAGACCAUGAUGAAGACGAUCAAGGCGAGGUUUUCCUUGAUGAAUCUGACAUCAUACACGAAGUUGCAGUUGAUGAUGAAGAGCUUCCUGAUGUGGAUGACGAUGAAAAUGAUUCUGAUGUUGAAAAUGCAGAUCAACCUGAUGAUUCGACGCACAUAUUCACGGGUCAUACUGGUGAAGUUUAUGUGGUUGCAUGCAGCCCAAUGGAUGCUUCACUAGUGGCGACUGGAGGUGGAGAUGACAAAGGGUUUCUUUGGAGAAUUAAUCGAGGAGAUUGGGUUUCUGAGAUAAAAGGUCAUAAGGAUUCCGUGUCUAGUUUGGCUUUUAGUACAGAUGGGCAGUUGCUUGCUUCAGGAGGCUUUGAUGGAAUUGUUCAGAUCUGGGACACAUUGUCUGGAGAACUCAAAUGUGCACUUGAUGGACCUGGAGGGGGCAUUGAGUGGGUUAGAUGGCAUCCGAGAGGACAUGUAUUAUUGGCUGGUUCAGAGGAUUCAACUAUUUGGAUGUGGAAUGCGGAUAGAGGUGCCUAUCUUAAUAUGUUUUCAGGUCAUGGUAGUAGCGUGACUUGUGGUGAUUUCACCCCUGAUGGUAAAAAAAUCUGUACUGGUUCUGAUGAUGCGACUUUGAGGGUAUGGGAUCCAAAAAGUGGGGAAAAUCAAGUCAUAAAAGGUCAUCCAUAUCAUACCGAGGGGUUGACAUGCUUGACCAUAAGCCCUGAUUCAACCCUUGUUCUUACUGGUUCAAAGGAUAGUUUUGUCCAUUUGGUCAACAUUACAACUGGAAAGGUUGUAAGUUCUCUGGGUUCUCAUACAGAUUCAAUUGAAUGUGUUGCAUUUGCCCCAAGCGCGCCUUGGGCUGCAACAGGUAGCAUGGAUCAGAAACUGAUUAUUUGGGAUCUGCAGCAUUCAUCACCCCGCUACACUUGUGACCAUGAGGUCUGUUUUAGUAUUAGUUCGUAUCAGUAUAGAGACUCGAGGAAUGAACACGCAGAGCACUUAAGUAAUUUUGCAGGUGUUAUUGGAGAAUCAGCUGGUGGUAUAAAAGAAGUGUCAAUUCGGGCAACUCAGCUGGAAUAUCUAGGCCAUGUCGUGUCUGCCAGGGUGUAG